AUGUCUGAAGGGUACCGUUCACCUCCGUCCCGUGCAACCUGCACCCAAGCAUUGAAAUUGAGCGCUCUAGCUAAUACCCCGUGUGAUUGUGAUAGUACUGAGAUGCUCGCUUCCGCAGUGGCUGUGCCCAGUCAGGACACGGAUAGCCAGUCACCUGAAGUGACUGCAAAGAGACGAAAGUCCUCAAUUACAGAAUACGACGCUAAGCGCCGGCGACUCAGCUCUCAGGGCAACAUCUCCCCGCAAUCCCAGCGCCGUCGCCCGUCAUCUCCUCCCUCAGUGACGAAGGAUUCGACUGAGCCAAGGCCCGCGCGACUGCGCGCAGGACGAGAGGAGGAUCGCCAGCGAGGCCAGCGGUUAUUCGGUGCACUGUUGGGUACUCUCUCGCAGAAAUCGAGUUCUGCGGCACAGAGACGGCGCGCUGAUAUUGAGAAGAAGCAGCAAGAAAAGCUGAAGUCCCAAGAUGCGGAGUAUGGCGAGUUGAAGAAACGGCGCAAAGAACAGCGUGAAGAGAUUCGGAGGAGGGAGAAGCCGUUGUAUGAACGAGAAGCGAUGCAAACACGACACUCGAAUAUGCUUGCUAUGGCACAUUUCUUCAAGACACGGGCAGAGCCGGCCCUGUAUUACAAACCAUGGCAACCCCGACCUGGCGACGACUCGGUAAUAGAGCAGCAGAUCGAAGAGGCAAAGGCGACUAUUGCCCGUGAAGUAGCCGAAUUCGAAGCCCGAUACCCGCCCGAAGCCUUUGCGCCCCAGCAGCCAGCCGAGAUUGAAGCACAACCACAAGCAGGCGUGGAAAAAACAGAGAAGUAUGACGAAACGCAGCAGGUAGAUGGUUCUCAAGACCCGCCCUCGGCUCCAGAGCCCGAGACCAAUCCGACAGACCCAGAAUCUAAGGAAACAGCUCAGGGUGCUCCGGAUACGGUGGGUGUGGAUGCUCAUGACCAAACCUCUGAUCCAGUCCAAACGGAUGGAACCACUGCUAACGUGGGGGAAAGUGCCGUUCAAGACCAGAAUGAUGCCCACCGCGAUGAUGACGGAGGCGAGGUCGUUGAGGAUAAUGAGGAUACUGUGAUUUAUUAG